AUGGCAACCAGUGAUGCUGUUCUGAAGAGAUUGGAGCAGAAGGGUGCAGAAGCAGAUCAAAUUAUUGAAUAUCUUAAGCAACAAGUUGCUCUUCUUAAGGAGAAAGCAAUUUUGCAGGCAACUUUGAGAGAAGAGAAGAAACUUCGAGUUGAAAAUGCUAAAUUGAAGAAGGAAAUUGAAGGAUUGAAACAAGAGCUAAUUAAGGCAGAAAUUCAAAAUGGAGUAAAACAAAUACCAUUUCCAUCUGGUACUCCACUAAAAACUGAUUCUACAGUUUCUGAAAAUGAGAUACAGUCUAUACCAAUAACCGUAUCUUCUGGUGCUAAAGAGCAAGUAAAAGGUGGAGGAGGAGAAGAAGAAAAGAAGAUGAAAGAGAAAACUGAAAAGAAAGGAGAGAAAAAGGAGAAAAAACAGCAACCAGUAGCAGGAAGUGCUGACUCUAAGCCUGUUGAUGUUUCCCGUCUGGAUCUUCGAAUUGGUUGUAUCAUCACUGCCAGAAAACACCCUGAUGCAGAUUCUUUGUAUGUAGAAGAAGUAGAUGUUGGAGAAACAGCCCCAAGAACAGUGGUCAGUGGCCUGGUUAAUCAUGUUCCUCUUGAACAGAUGCAAAAUCGGAUGGUGGUUUUACUUUGUAACCUGAAACCUGCAAAGAUGAGGGGAGUAGUAUCUCAGGCAAUGGUGAUGUGUGCAAGUUCACCAGAGAAAGUAGAAAUCUUGGCACCUCCUAAUGGAUCUGUUCCUGGGGACAGAAUUACUUUUGAUGCUUUCCCUGGAGAGCCUGACAAGGAGCUGAAUCCUAAGAAGAAGAUUUGGGAGCAGAUCCAGCCUGAUCUUUACACUAAUGAUGUAUGCGUGGCUACAUACAAAGGCGCUCCCUUUGAGGUGAAAGGGAAGGGAGUGUGUAGGGCUCAAACUAUGGCCAACAGUGGAAUAAAAUAA